UACAUUUGUUAUCUCGUGUGUUGUUUAGUAUCUUUUUUCUAUGGUUAAGAUUUAGACGCUUUUACUGUUUUUAUUUAUUUUUGCUGGUAAUUAAAAAUGCCUAGUUGUCUAGUUUGUGGAAGAACGAACAAUGCCAAAGCUAAAUCGGCUAAUAUAACUUUUCAUAGAUUUCCGCUUAAAGACACUUACAAGAGUAAAUGGUACAAUUUUUUGGGAGAAAAUGGCAUACUACCUGAUAAAGUAUCAAAGACAAGUUUAGUUUGUUCAGCACAUUUUGACGAUUCAUUUUUUGUAAUGGGAAAGGGUAGAAGACUGUUACUUAAACAUGCUAUUCCUACUAAAAUUAUCAACAGAAUAAAAUGUGCUAAACAACAAUACUCAGAAACUGUUACUAAAAGAAUAACAAUUGAAAGAAAAUAUUUCCACCUCGCUGAACAUUCCCAGAGCUUUAAAUAAACGCUACAUUAUUAUUGUUUUGUAAACAAUUAUUUUUAUUUAUUUCACCGUUAUAAUUUUUAACUAAUAGUAGUGUGGUAAAUGUAAAUGUAAAUAUAUUUUAUAAUUUUGAAC